AGAAUUUUCUUUCAGACGACUUGCGUUGAUCCUCACCACCGCGAUCGGAAAAAGUAAAAAACUGAGAGGAGAGAGAGGAGAUUCAAGAGAAGGGAAGGGGGGAGAGAGAGACAGAGAAGCCAUGAACAGAAGAAACACUAAUCUUCUGAAGAUCAUCAUCCUCCUCUUCAUCCUCAAUUCCCUCUCCCUCUUCCUCUACUUCACCUCCUACUACUCCUCCACCAAACAUUCCCUUCCCCGUCCCUUGCUGCAUCAUCUUCGAACCCAAACCCAAUUCCUGAAAUCUUGGCCGAUCCUUCCCUCUUACCUCCCUUGGACCCAACCACCCACCAACUCUGUAGAUUUCCGCUCCUGCGAAGCCUAUUUUGGCAACGGCUUCAUCCACCGCCAUGAUCUCCUUUCCUCCAGUGCUCUCUCCAACAGUUCCGGCGGCGGCGGCGGCGGCGGAUGGUUUCGUUGUUGGUACAGCGAUACAUUGCGGAGCUCGAUAUGUGAGGGAGGGAAGCUUCGGAUGGUGCCAGAGAGAAUACAGAUGUCAAUGGGAGGCGAGAACUUGAAGGAGGUCUUGGGGAGGAAAGAGGAGGAUGAGCUUCCUGUGUUUCAGAACGGUGCUUUUGAGGUUCUUGGAGGGAAAGGGCUUAGUGAAGAGAAGCAGCUCGUGAGCCACGAGUUCUUGGAUCAGUAUGUGCCUCAAGGCGAAGUUCUGAGGCAUACAAUGCGCGAUUUGAUCAGUUCGAUCAGGGUAGUUGGUGAGAAGGACUUCGCUUGCGAUGAGUGGAUUGAGGAGCCAACACUUCUUGUGACUCGCUUUGAGUAUGCAAAUCUUUUUCACACUAUUACAGACUGGUACAGUGCAUAUGUUUCUUCUAGAGUCACUGGCCUGCCGAAUCGACCUCGUUUGAUCUUUGUAGACGGCCACUGCAUGUCACCCCUGGAAGAGACAUGGAAAGCAUUAUUCUCAAGUAUCAACUAUGCUAAAAACCACAGUGGUUCUGUUUGUUUUCACCAUGCUAUUCUCUCACCUUUGGGAUAUGAAACCGCGCUGUUUAAAGGUCUAACAGAAUCUAUAAAUUGUGAUGGAGCAUCUGCACUUCAUCUAUGGCAUAACCCUGAUAAUCUCAAAACUGCACGUAUAUCUGAGUUCGGAGAGAUGAUCAGAGCAGCUUUUGAGUUGCCCUUAAACCAACACCACAUCAGAAAGCCAACCUCUGGUCACAAUGUCCUUUUUGUUCGCCGGGAAGAUUAUUUAGCUCAUCCUCGCCAUGGUGGCAAAGUCGAGUCAAGGCUUACUAAUGAGGCACAAGUCUUUAACUCCUUGAAGAGCUGGGCAUCCAGCUAUGAAGGAUGCAAACUUAACCUUGUGAAUGGAUUGUUUGCGCACAUGUCUAUGAAAGAACAGGUCCAAGCCAUUCAAGAUGCAUCGGUGAUCAUUGGUGCUCAUGGUGCUGGUCUUACUCACAUUGUAUCCGCAUUGCCUAAAACUGUGAUUCUUGAGAUAAUUAGCAGCCAAUUCAGGCGUCCACAUUUUCAGUUGAUCUCCAGGUGGAAAGGGCUGGAAUACCAUGCUAUAAACCUUUCUGGUUCAUAUGCAAAUCCUCAGGAUGUUAUCAAUGAGCUGAGCAGGAUAAUGAAAGGCCUUGGAUGCUAAAAUUUUGGUUGUUUUGGACUGUAGAGUCAGUUUUGCUACUGGCAGGCAGAGCUAUAGCUGCUAUGUGUAGUUUGAAGAUAUACGAAAAUGGAGUCUAACUUAGCAAAGCCGCUCGUGUUUGAUAAUGGUUUUACAAAAACAGCCACAAUGGGGGUAUGUUCGUCGGGAACAGAAGGUGUUAAUUGGAGAAUCUAAUACUGAAGAUUAAAAAAAUUAUUGCAUUUGAUUUUUUUUCAUUUUGAAUUUGUAGAGAAUUUUGUGUUGCAAAAUAAGAAGUGUAAAGAUGAACUGGACGAAAAAGUUGAAAAUCAAAUCAAAUCAAUACAGUUAAAUCGA